AUGUCGCAGCCCAAGAUGCCCAAGGCAGGAGCCAAGCGGACGGUGUGCAAGCCGCAGUGCUCCGAAUAUCUUUGCACGUUUGCAUGGCGUGCCAUAGCACUGAGCCUUGGAACACCGCCUUCUUACAUCGUUCGCCUGCUCGUUGUGUCAAAGAUGCCCGAAGGAGUUGAUCCAGAGCAGGCAACGUCACACAUUGUAGAGUGGGAGAUGGAGGUUCGCUUGAGUGAGGAGCAUGGUUUUCUGGAGGUGUCUUCCAAGUUGGAAGCAGUCGCAGAUGUGCUGGCAGCCCUAGCGCAGCUCUCUUGCCUGGUGUUCAGGGCCGUUUUAUUCUCAAGCUGA